AGAGAAUCUAGACUGAUAGGAUAAAAAAAUGACCAUAUUUCGCCAAGCGUAUUGCACUCUAAUAGUAUGUUUCCUCACGUUCAACAUUGGUCUCAUGUUCGCUUGGCCGUCAUCAACAAUCAAAUUGUUCUCAUCAACAAACACAACUCUAAACCGACCAAUGAGUGAAACGGAACUGGCACUAUUUGGCAGCUUAUCUUCGAUUGCAGCGUUGAUCAGCACUCCUCUCUCUGGAUUCCUGAUAGACGCAUUAGGGAGAAAAUAUUCAUGUAUUUUAUUCGCUUUGCCACAACCAAUUGCUUGGGCUUUAGUAUCAACAAUUCCAAGAGUCGAGGUUAUUUUAGCAUCCAUCAGCAUUUCAGGAUUGGGUGGAUGCAUGUUCAUGAUAGCGCCUAAUUUCAUCAGCGAAUUCUGCCAAGAAACAAUCAGGGGAACUAUGACAUCUGGAGCAAUUAUAUUCUAUGGGAUUGGUUUAAUGGUGUCUUAUAUCUUGGGAGGGUAUCUGAGCUACCAGAUAAUGAACUACGUGUGCUUAGUGAUAUCAGUUUUGGUUGUAGUAUUAAUCAUGAUCCUGAAGGAGUCUCCUACUUAUCUAAUGAAGAAAGGUCUAGAUGAGGAAGCAGCAAAAUCAAUAGCAUUUUACAGAUCAACAAGUCCUAACUCGAAGGUAGUGAUGCAGGAAAUGGACUUAAUAAGAAGAACGCUCAACCCAAACAUUGAUAACGUGACGCCGGAAGAAGAAAAUUUAAAUCCUGAAUCGCAGGCUAAGAAGAAACUGUCCGUCGUUCAAUUUUUAAAAAAAUCUCAAUCGACGCGUCGUGCUUUGGCUCUGGUUCUUAUGACAUACUUCACGACCAUCUUCCAGGGUCUCGUUGUGGUUCAAGUUUAUUCAGAACCAGUUUUCGAAGAGGCCUUACCAAGUAUGUCAGCUAAUUUGGCGAGUAUUUUGUUCGCAUUGGUAAACACAAUCUCUGGUUUUGUUUCUGCAUAUUUGCUGGACUAUCUAGGACGAAGGCCAGUAUCUAUUUAUUCAUCAAUAGCAUCAAGUCUCUGUUGUAUGGCGCUAGGAGCACAAAUACAUUUACAAUGGGGUCCUUAUUGGUUAACAGGGGUUUUAUUAUACGCAUACUGUAUAACGACUACAAUUGGAGCCGGUACUGUGCCAUAUGUAAUUAUUGCUGAAUUGUUCUUGCCUGAGGUUAAAGGAAUCAUGACGAUGCUAACCGUCCAAUGGGCGUGGAUUUGCAAUUUCAUAAUACUCUUCAUAUUCAAUCCUCUAAACGCAGCGAUUGGCUUAGGGCCAGUGUUCUAUAUAUUUGGAUUAUUCAGCUUAUUUUCAGGCGUUGUCAGUUUUCUAUAUUUACCAGAAACGAAAGGACUCACGGUUGACGUUAUACAAACACUGAUAGUUAAAGCGAAAAAGCCAGAGAAAGCAUAAGCAACGCAUAAAUAGACUAUUGAAAAAAAUUAUGUCUAAUGCAGAAAAAUAAAACUAUAAUAGAUAGUGAUUAUGUUAAAAUAAAAAUAACCGCUUUUAUUGCUAAGAUUCACUGGCCAAAAUAUUUAUGCCUUUGCAAUGAUUCGAAAUUUAAACAAUUAAAAGACAAUUCAACUACAAGCAUCAAUAGCGCAAUGAUAGCGGUGUAAAAUGUCACUAGUUCGAUCCCCUUGGGCUACUAUUAUCCCCACUCCUAACACAAGUCUUACGCUGAAUUGGGGGGAAGGAGGUUGGGAACUUAUAAUAGAGGUUUGAAUAUACUAAUUGCAUAAGCCACUGAAAGACAGUCGUAUCAUUAAUGAAAGCAAAAAAAAAUCUCGAUAUCAUUAAUAGACGUCACGCGGUGCUCCAUUCGAAAAGGUCCUAUUACAAUUUUACUCUAUAUACGAUGUCACGUGCUAUUUAAUUAUUUUAUUUGUUAUCUCAGUAAAAAAAACAAAAGAAUCAGUGUGUUUGGUAACGCUAUCGGAGACGAUAAAAAAGAACUUGUCACACUUGUAUUAAAAUAAAUAAAAAUAUU